AUGGAGACAGAGCUUGCUCGUAUGCUGCAAGAUAUUAACUGGGAGGGAUUCCAGCAGAAUGGUGAGUCCGUGACGGGGUCCGCUCCAGCGAAGUCAUCACCUUUGCAACAGAAGAGUGCAUUUCCACACUCUGAAGGUAAUUCUGUUCGCGGGAGAAAUGUCUCUGUUCCUACAGAAGGGUUGGUGGAUGAUAGCGCUUUACUGCCAACGAGCAUCCCCAUGCAACAACAACAGCAACAGCAACAGCAUCCACCACCACCACCACAACAACAACAACAACCACAACAACUGCCAACCAUGCAAAUGCCUCCUGCGGGAGGAGGAUAUUACGUUAAUCCAGCAGCUUUUCAGGCCAUGAACAUGGCGCAAGCUGCAGGACGUGCGCAGGUUCAGGCUCAGCCAAUGAUGUUUGCUCAACCAAACGGGCAAAUGAUGUACGUUCGGAUGCCGUACUACCAGCAGAGUCCCUAUCAACAUGGACAUGCUCCGCAACAAAUGUACCCAGCUCCACAAAACCUUUACUAUCCCACCACUUACUUCAUGCAACCUUCUGCAGAUGGCUCAAUAAUGCAUACCGUUCCACAGGCUGUACAAUGUUUCGCACCACCAAAGCAGUUUGCAAGGGGUGGAACUGCAGGUACCCAACCACCACCACCACCACCGCCACCAGCAACACCACAACAGCAGCAACUACAGCAACAACAACAACAACUAGUUGAUGUCAAUGAUGCUCAAGGUGGAUUUGUUUGUCUUUUACCAGGGACUCAGUUGCCACAAGGCAUGCCAUUCUUUCCAUAUGGUGUACGACCGACACACUGUUUUGCAACUGCGCCAGCAAGGGAACAUUCUUCAGAGCCUCCUCAAUAUAAUGUUGCUGUAGCUCAAAUGACUUCGCAGUUUGUUGGUACAGCUGUUGGUACUGAGCUUGAUGAAAGCAUGCCGGCACGAGAGAAUAAACAAAAUACAAAUACUCUGGCAUGCACAUCAUCUGAGCACUCGAAUUUUGUUCCUGACAAUGCACUUGGUUCUAACCUGCAUGUAACACCUGGAAAUGAUGGAGUUUCCCCCGUCUCACUGCAGGGCUCUGAUGGCGUCAUGAACGCGUGA